AUGUCCAUUGCUACCAUAUCAACCAAUAAAUUACCGUUCGCUAUCCAAACCAUUUUGGGUGAUGAUGAUGAACAAUACAAAAUUCCCCAAUGGGAGCGACCAAUUUCCGAGAAUGACCUUCCACGAAAUAGCUACGAUAAGAGCUGCUUACCUGAAUAUGCUGAUAUUAACUCCAUAAUUCCGCAUCACUUUUCUUUUCAAAGCAUAAAGGCUGCUACAUUCGAAAUUACAUCUGUACUGCCUUCUGUUAAUCGCUGCAAAUUUAUCUAUUAUCCAAUAUUAGUUUCCAGCCCAGAAGUUCAGAACUAUUGUCCCCAUUUUCCUUUUUCCACACAGUAUUCACCGAUACGAUACGGAUUUGCUUCUACUUCAGUAGCUAUGCCGAAUCAACUUGCUCAGCCUAGCAAAUUUGGUGACGUGCCCAAUCUGUUCGGUGUAAAAUUUGGAAAGUUGUCUGCAAAUUCGUCAUAUCAGCCGUUUUUUUCCUUCAAUUCUAACUUGGCUGAUUCUAAAAUUAUACAAAAUUCUGGUAUCAAACAAACUGUAUCACAUGUUAAUGUAAAUCAUGAACAUGGUGAAUUCUGUUCAGCUAAAAAUCCUUUAUCUUUUCCAAUGAUUAUUGCUUCUCUCGGAUCCGCGACUUUUGGUAAUAUAAGAAACAAUUUAGCAAAGCCACAAAAAAUGAAUCGACGAAAUGGUUCUACAACACCACGGCGUACCGGACAUUCUAACCAGAGUCAAAUUGUAGCAGGACAUAAGAAACCGCGUACGUCCUUCACCAAAAAACAGGUGGAAUCACUGGAAUGCAGAUUUCUAGAACAGAAGUAUUUGGCAAGUACCGAACGAGUUAACUUGGCUAAUCAGUUAGAAAUGAGUGAUAUGCAAGUUAAAACAUGGUUUCAAAAUAGACGUACAAAAUGGAG